UUCAUUUAAAUUAUUUUUCACCAGCCUAUGUCCCAUGUCAGAGGUACUCAGUCUCCUCUACAUUCUCCUAAUUGUUUGUGCAAGACCUGUCAUUUGUUCUUAUUUUUACCCAUUGUUUCCUGAAUGAUCUUAGUUUGCUUCCUUGAGAAAGGGACAGUUUCGUUUUCAACAUUGUGACCCUAGCACCUAACAGAAUGCCAGGGGAGGACGUCAAAUGUUAGAGAACAUGGCAACAUCGAACUGGGCUUGGAAACAGAGGAAUGUGUACCUGUAUCAUUAUACUAAUAAUGGAAAAAUAAAAUAGAAAUGGGAUGCAAAAACUUUAAAGAUAAGACUUCAUCACCCUCACACUAUUGCAACCAGAACAAUCAAGUGUUCACCUUGUCUGAUGGCAGGUAUCGGUCUCACAAAGCUAUGUGGAAUUGCUCCUUCUCCUCUUGAGAUUGUUUCUUCUCAAAGUUAAGAAUCGUACAAAUAUGAAGAUAUAUAGAAAGGAGAAAAGCAAUUUUUUUGGCAGGAUCCACACCUCCCUCAUUGAAUGACUGUUUAGAGAUAAUGAAGAUUAACUUUAUUUACAAGGCAUCAUCUUUUUUUAAGUUUUUAUUUAUUUAUUUUGAGAGAGAAAGCAUAUAAUCAGGAGAGAGGCAGAGAGAGGGUAGGAGAGAAUCCCAAGGAAGCUCCAUGCUGUCAACACAGAACUGUGAGAUCAUGGCCUGAGCAGAAAUUAAUAGCUGGACGCUUAACUAACUGAGCCACCCAGGCACCCCAGGGCAUCAUCUUUUAAAUCUGUAAUUAAAACAAACUAUAGCUGAAAACUCAGAAUGGGGGUGACAUAGACCCAGGGACAUUUAUCUGUGUCCCUAUUUGUGCCAGGUUCUGUUUCCUUAUCUGUGUAAAUGGUUACAGUUGAAUUGACAAAUUGGGGAAAAAACUUUCAAAAAAUAGUUUUCUAAGUAAUUUUCUCCUCUUUGGUUUCUGCAAACAUAUUACAAUUCUAUUAAAAAAAAAACCUUGAACAAAUCAAACAUGUAAAAACAAACCAUAUUACCUCAGUCUUCUAUACUGUUUAGUGAUAGGAGUGGCCCUGGAGCAUGGCACAAAGGAUAAACAGAUGAAUUCACAUGGCUCUGGAUGACCAGCUAGGACUCACGAGUUUCACCUAACUAAAGCAAAUUGUUCUAAAUUCAUGUGUCUUAAGUCAGUAUCUAAUUUUUAUCCUAAUUUUACAGAUCACUGAAAGAAAGCUGCAGAAAUAUAUAUGACAAAAUAUGACAAUAUACCAAAAUGGCACCAUCACCUCUGAGGUUUCAGACUUCCUCCUGAAUUGUUUUGUCAGGUCCCCUAGCUGGAAGUUCUGGUUGUCCCUGCCCCUCAGCCUUCUCUUCCUUUUGGCCAUGGGGGCCAAUAGUGUUCUCCUGAUCACCAUCUGGCUAGAGGUCUCUCUGCAUGAACCCAUGUACUACCUGCUCAGUAUCCUUUCCCUGCUGGACAUUGUUGUCUGCCUCACUGUCAUCCCCAAGGUCCUGGCCAUCUUCUGGUUUGACCUCAAGUCCAUCAGUUUCUAUGCCUGCUUCCUCCAGAUGUACAUCAUGAAUUGCUUCUUUGCCAUGGAGUCCUGCACAUUCAUGGUCAUGGCCUAUGACCGCUAUGUGGCCAUCUGCCACCCACUGAGGUACCCAUCCAUCAUCACUGACCAAUUUGUAGCCAAGGCUGCCAUUUUUAUUUUGGCCAGGAAUAGUAUUGUUACAAUGCCUAUCCCCAUUCUAUCAUCCCAACUCCAUUAUUGUGGGACAAAUGUCAUUGACAAUUGCAUCUGUGCCAAUAUGUUUGUCUCCAGGCUCUCUUGUAAUGAUGUCACCAUUAGUCGCAUCUACCAGUUUGUUGGAGGCUGGACACUGCUAGGAUCUGACCUCAUCCUCAUCUUCCUCUCCUACACCCUCAUAUUGCGAGCUGUGCUGAGACUCAAGGCAGAGGGUGCUGUGGCCAAGGCCCUGAGCACAUGUGGCUCCCACUUCAUCCUUAUCCUCUUCUUCAGCACCAUUCUUCUGGUCUUCGUGCUCACUCAUGUGGUGAAGAAGAAGGUCUCCCCUGAUGUUCCAGUCUUGCUCAACGUCCUCCACCAUGUCAUCUUCUCAGCCCUCAACCCCGUUGUGUAUGGAGUGCGGACCCAGGAGAUCAAGCAAGGAAUCCAGAGAUUACUAAAGAAAGUGUGCUCAUAAGGGCAAGAUCUCUGCAUUCCUAAUAUAGGAUGAGUUUUGAAUCAAUGAUGGGGUGAGAGAAAGUAUCCUGUUGCCUAGAGGAGAAAUGCUUUUCCCACUAAAGUAGGAGGAAAUUAUCUGUGUUCAUGGAUACUUUUGGAGCAUUACUGUGGACAAGCUCCUGCUAAAUGAAUACCAUACCUCACUUCCAAAUGGGAAUCUUAAUGACUGGUACCAGUGUCUGCUCCACCAUUACAUAUGUGGUGUGAGGAGGGAAAUGACGAGUCCACAAGGAAUCACAUCAGGACCUGAUGCAGAAGGCACUCAUUGAUGGAGACCUUGACUUUGGGCUGCAUACAGUGACUGCAGGAGAUCUUGGAUGGUCUUCCUUGAGGGUAAGUAUAUUUUACAUUCAAGAGUCUCUUUUGUAUCAUUUCUUUCAAGAAAUGAAUAUUUAGUGACCCAGCCUUGUCUGUAGGCAGCUGGAUGUAUGUGAGGAAUGUGGCCAAUGGGAUGAUAGAAAAAAUGAUGUAAAUCUUUCCCAGAUUGAACCCCUAAAACCUCUUACAAGAUCCUGAACAUUUUCUCCCUUCGCUUCUAUGUCAGCCAGAUUCAUAAGUACCUUAGGAGAUCCUUAGGGGCUUGAUACAUGGAGGAUCAGUAUAUGGAAGAAGGUUGGGUCCCUAAAUGUUGACAUGAAGUCAAACCCCUAUGCACUGGAAUGGGUUAUGAAUGAGUAGUAAAGUUUUAUUGUGUUAUGUUACUGUGGUAUCUUUGUUGUAGUAAUCAACCUUGCCUGCAUUGACUAAUUCAAUAUAUGAUGGAUUUUGAUGUGCACUGGCUUUGCCGUGUAUAAUCUAGAGCACAAAAAACUUCAGAAAACAAUAAACAAAACAACAAAGCCGUUCAGGUGAAGUCCAAAAACAUAGCUAAAUCCCUAGACAAUGUGAUAGGCAAAAUGGAUUUAGUUAGCAAACAUGCCUGAUUUCUCUUUCCUGUCUCUGGUCCCUAGUAGCUAAAUGACCAUUAGUAUUUAUCUUUUGCUCAGUUGUCUGAUUUGCAAAAAUGAGAAUAAUAAUAAUUCAUGGGUUGUUUUGAAUAUAAUCACUCUGAGAGUAGGUUACCUUUUGGUAAUUAUCUAUGCUAAUCCGUUCUGUGCUGAUCACAUAUAAAGACCCAAUAACUAAUUUUGGUUUAGUAGAUAAAGGUAUUAAUAAAUGUUAUUAUUACAAAUAGUCUUUAGCCAGUAGUGCUAAAGUAACAUCUUAUUAAAUAUAGAGAUAUAGGUAAAUAUGAAUACCUGGCCCAUGUCAUUGAUUUGAUAUUGAUCUUAGAUAUCACUGACAAUUUAUUUUUAAAUUAAUCAUUCAAAUCCCCACAUACCUAAUGAGCAAGAAGUACAGUAUCUUCUUAAAGCCACUUAAAAUAGGUAGGGUGGGGCGCCUGGGUGGCUCAGUCGGUUAAGCGUCCGACUUCGGCUCAGGUCAUGAUCUCUCAGUCUGUGAGUUCGAGCCCCGCGUCGGGCUCUGUGCUGACGGCUCAGAGCCUGGAGCCUAUUUCAGAUUCUGUGUCUCCCUCUCUCUGACCCUCCCCCGUUCAUGCUCUAUCUCUCUCUGUCUCAAAAAUAAAUAAACGUUAAAAAAAUAAAAUAGGUAGAGUACAGAUGUUUUGUCAGUUUAACUGCAUUAUAUGUGUUCGAAAUCCCAGGAAUUUUCAUAACAGAAUUGUUAGUCCCCUUUCACACACCAAGCAGAGGCUGAGAACUGAAUUCACCCUAGUAUUGCUUUUCCUGUCUGUAACCACAAGAGAGCAGUGUUGACUUGCAGCUAUGAAGCAUUUAUUUACUCAUGGCAGUAACUCCAGGCUGUGUAGAUUUUGUGGCUGCAGUGUUGAUGUCUGACACCGGAGAUCUCAGGUCACAGAUCUCAUUAUUAACACCCAAAUGUUUAGAAUGAAGAGCAAUAGUGUAUCAGGAUGACUAUGUACUAAGAGGGUCCCAAACUCUGCUUUAUUAUAUGUGGAAAAUGAGGGGUUCCUGGUUGGCUCAGUCAGUUAAGAGUCCAACUAUGGCUCAGGUCAUGAUCUCACAGUUGGUGAGUUCGAGCCCUGCUCCGAGCUUUGUCUGUGCUGACAGCUCAGAGCUGGGAGCCUGCUUCGGAUUCUGCAUCUCCCUCUCUCUCUGCUCCUCUCUCGCUUUCACUCUGUCUCUCUCUUUCUCAAAAAUGAUAAAUAAAACAUAAAAAAAUUACUAUAUGUGGAAAAUGUAGUUUAGUUUUCUCAACAAUGUUUAGGUCUUUGUUUUGGGCACUGGUCACCAGCAUAUACUCCCUUUUUCCUAGAGAUGUUUAAUUUUUGCUCCCUUUUGCUACUGGGUUUUGAUUUAAGUCUGCCCUGGUCCUGAAUGGCAGUGUUCAAUGAUAGUAUUUGGUUCAAAAUGUACAGAUCUCUCUCAAAAGGCUGUGCUCCUUAUGUAUAUUCCUCAUUCUAAAGUGCCUAAUCUUCAAACUAGAAGGUGAGGUGAGUGACUGUUGGUUGGCCCCUCCCUUCCCUCUUCUCAUGUUUUUAAUACACCCCCUUCCAGUACAACUUGGCCAUAGUCAGUCUGUGUUAGCCAAGCGGCUCCACAGAUUUUCUCAGUUAAACUGACAAAACAUCUGUACUCUACCAAUUUAAAAUGCCUUUAGUUUAUAUUACUUCAUUCUACCAAGAAGACAUGUUCAAAGACUGUACUAAGAGGAUGUUUUUCUUUCUUUGUUUGUUUUUGCUAUAAGAACUUCAUGGCAAAGUGUAUCUGCCUCUUAAGAUCUGGCUCUUUGGGUAAUGCUGUUCUCUCAUCUACUUUAUAUGUACGAGGACUCAUCCCAAAACCUGUCUUAGGACUAUUGUGUCCACUUCCUUAAGCCACCUGCCCUGGGCUUGAGAAUUCUGUGAGAAACUGUGGUCCUCUUAACUUGUCUCCCAAGAAUUAGAAGGGAGAGCCAACAUGGAGGAUGUGGCUUGUCUGUUCUUAUACUUAGGGAUCUACUACUUGGAACUAGAGAUGAAUUGUAGACACUAUUGGCUAACUCUUCUCUUAGCCAUUUCAAUAGCAUAAACUAAGUCCCUUGAUGUGUCCUAGGUCGUACUUAUCAUUGUGAGAAAUGACAACAGGUGUGCUGGCCCCUACAUCCCUUACAAACCCCUAACACAAGUUGUAGUUUCUAUAACUGUGUACACCCAGUUAAGUAAAACUUCUUAUAAUUAUGUUGGCCGUUUGUACUGAUCUAGGGAAACCUGAUGCAGGAAUUAAGAUCUGAAUAUGACCCACUAACAGCGAUUCCUCUUUGAGUCCCUUCUGGGUUUACACCUGGGAGAAGCAUAGCAGAGGUAGAGAAAGCACUCCUAGAGAGACCAACAGAGUGGACCAAAUGCUGGACAAUAUUCAUGUGGUUUGAACUGUUUGAGUUCACAGACAACAGCCAAGGAAGAAUUCUUGAGAGAUUUUUGGUGCAAAAAAGUGUUUUUAUUAAAGUUAAAGCAUGGGGACAGGAUUUGGGGGCACCGGAGUUGUGAGGAGUGACUGAUUAUAUGCUGAUUAUAUACUAUGGAUUUGGGAGAAGUAAAGACAAAGGAAUUUCCAAGAGGGCUUUUUCACAUGUUGAAGAAGACUUACAGGAUCCUGGACACCUCACUAUGUCAAGCUAAGGUUGUUUUUCCUCUAGCAAAGCAUUAACAUUGUGACAGUUGGGAGUUCCUAGAGAAACUUUACACUCUGCCUGCCUCAAGUAUUUGUCAGUGGGUUGCUGGUUAUGAGGAAAUUUAAUUUUAUCUACAUUUCUUUUGCCCUUGUUCUCCACAUCAAUAUCGCCUGACAAUAUGUAUCAGGUUCCUAUGAAUUGUAUCCUUUCUGUUAGAUUUUCUUAGAAGCUUGUUUUUAUAAUCAUCCACAGAAGUGUUUUCUGAAAAUUAAUGUUAUGCACAGAUGCUGGCAAAUUACAAGUGCUCAAAACAUUUGAGCUUUUAUUUUCAUUGUCAUGACUAUCACUAUUAUCAGUAUAUAAGAACAUUGAGAUUAUUAGUAUCAUUUUAGGCCAUCGUGUUUGAAGUUGGCCCUUCUGUCCUCUGAGGGACAGUAGGAAGGUGGUGGUGGAUAAAACUCUUCUAACAGCCAUGAGAUGGAGGGAGCCCUAGGAGAGAAUUCUCUUGUGGAAAAUGACAAAUGCUGAGUCACACCUGUGGCUGGGGCUUGAGGAAAUGAGAGCCAAGCCUGAGGGUAUUAAGAGCCCCUUCUUGUAAGCAAAUGGAUGUCAUUUUCCUUUCCUGCCAUUACUGAGUGUAGACGUCUGCCCUGGAGCCCACAGCAGCACUGAGUUGCAGUUACUCUGUGGAAUCCCCACAAUGUGAUGCAAUCACUCUCUAUUCCUGGUGACAGCUAACUCCAAAUUCUUUCCCAGCUGUGAAAGCUUCCCCUGUAACAUUAUGUAAUUAGUGUCAUGUCUCUGCAUGUACCUGCAUGGGAGGUACAUGGGAGGACUUGAUUCUGUGUGGUCAUAAGCCGUCAGAACUGAUAGGAGUCUCAUUGUCGUUAACUCUUGUCUCUUAGCCCCAAACCCAUCCACCCAGAUCUGCUUUGGGAUGCUGGGACUUGGACUCUGGCAUUCUUCUUUGUCAGCUGGCUCCCUGUUAGUUUCCACCCACAGAGAACAACAGGAAAAGACUGGAAAGCUGAAGCAGGGCAAGGGAUACUUGCUUCUUCCUGUCUGUUUCUAUCUUGUCAGUAUCCCUGAGCAAUGAUUCGUCACCUGGCAGUGGAGUUGAUGCUAGGCUCCAGCGUUGGUUGGGUGUUGGGUUUGAGUUUGAUUGGGAUUUGGGUUUGUGUUUGGUUUGUGAUGAGAUUUUUGUGGUGAUAGUUGAGUUCGUGGGGUCUGGAGCCGACGGCCAUGAAAGAAUUCUUGAAGAUGUCUUUGGUGCAAAAAGGUGAUUUUAUUAAAGUACAGGGACAGGACCCGUGGGCAGGAAUAGCUGCCACUGGGCCUUGAGGAGAGACUGGUCAAAUACUAUGGAGUUGGGGGAGGUCAAGUCCAGGGGAAGUUUCCAAUGAGAUUUUCAUAUGCUAAAGAAAACUCAUAGGAUAUGGGAGGCCUAGCUAUCCUCAAGCUAAGGUUGUUUUUUCCCUCUGGCAUAUCAUUAGAAUUAAGACAGUAGGGAGUUCCUGGAGAAAAGUUUUACUCUGCCUGCCUCAAGUAUUGGUCAAUGGGCUGCAGGUUAUAAGAACAUUUAAUUUUUUCUGCCAUUUCCUUCUGCCUUUGUUUCCCACAUCACUGUGACACUAGUACCAGUUCAAGGCAGCACCGUCCUCAAAUAUCUGAGACCCCCCUCUCCCACCAACCUUUUAAGUUAAUGACCCAAGUGUAAGGUCCUCAUUCUUCUGCACCAGUCCCUGGUAAUCACUAAUUUACAUUCCAUCUCUGUAGAUUUGUAUAUUAUGGACUUCUAAUAUUAAUUGGAAUCAUACAACAUAUGGCCAUUAUGCUUUUCACGUGGCCUAAUGUUUUCAAGGUUCACCCAUUUGUCUGUAUCAGUAUUUCAUUAUGGCUGAAUAAUAUUUCAUUUGUGAGGUUAAACCACAAUAUGUCUGUCCAUUUUUAAUUGUGUUAAUUGGUUUUUAUUGUUGACUUGUAAGAGACUUUAUAUGCUCUAGUUUUAGAACCUUAUUAUGUAUGUGAUUUGCAGAUAUUUGUCUCAUUCUGUGGGUUAUCUUUUCACUUUCUUGAUGCUGUUCUUUGAGGUAUAAAGUUUUAAAUUUUAAUGAAGUCCCAUUUAUCUGUUUUUUUCUUUAAUCACUUGUUCUUUUUGUGUUAUAACUAAGAAAACAUUGCAUAAUGCAAGGUUAUGAAGAUUUAUCCCUAUGUUUUCUCCUAGGAGUUUUAUAGUUUUAGCUCCUACAUUUAGGUUUUUGAUACAUCUUUAAUUAAUUUUUGUGUUGUAAUUUUAUUUACUUCUUACUGUAGCAUUUUAUAGAUUUGAACUGAUUUUUCCUAUUUCUCAUUAUUUUGCUGAAAGAGCACCCUGUUGUCAGUUUCAUGAUCAGUUUAUUUGAGGAAUAAAACAUUGCCAGGAGAGCAGGGAAAGGUUGCCAUGUCUUGUGGUUUUCCUUGGUUUGUUUAGGAUUUUGAUUCCCCCUCUGAUUUCCUCCUUUCUUUUUUAUUACCAUAUCUCUAAGGAGGACCCCCCUUUCCUCCGGUUAUCCUCCUUCUUCACAGUACAUUUCUGAGGCUGCCACUUCUGGUCCUUCUUGCUUUUAAACCACUUUCCUGUAUCCAGUGCUGUUUUCAAUAACAUCUCUGACCUGUGUUUAAUAUUUUACCAUUUAGUGGAGCUUUUUUCCCCCUUUAUUUCUUAUUUAUGCCAUGUAUAUGUCUUUCACACCCUCACUUCUUUUCUAAAUAGCCUUUUAAUUUCCCCUCCACCCGUACUCUGAAGCUAACAUCAGUGGCAGCUGUGGGAUCUGUAGCCAUAACUCUUUUUCUCUUCUUAAAAUGAUUUGAAAUCAUGCCAUCCUAUGUCUUCUAUUAAUAUUGAAGGAAUGGGCCAUUGUGAUUUUAUUCAUGCUCUUUCUGAUGUUAUGUUUUUUUGGGAGUAUGUAUGGUAAGAUUCACAAUAAAGCAGCCAUCAUUUUCCUAGGGUCAAUGAGAACAUAGAUAUAUACCUACCUCUACCUCUACCUCUACUGCUACAUCUACAUAUGUGUGUGUGUGUGUGUGUGUGUGUGUGUGUGUGUGUGUGUGUGUCUAGGUUUGCAACCUUGGGAGUUCCCCAGGUGAAAUCUGAAACUGGUCCCCACACAUAGAGAGCAAAGAGGGACUGAAUAAAGAGGCAGACCAAUCCAGAUCAAUAGGUGGCAGAUUUAAUAAGCAAGGGAACUUACAUUCAGGGCUUAUCUUGAGUCCUGUAAGAUUACCUCUCUGGUCCCACCUGCCAGAAUCUUAAAAGUUUAUAUAGAGACCUUACUGGGCUCAGUCAUGUAUUCCAUCCAGAUGGUCUCAACAAUACAUUACUAUCUCAAGGUUAUGUCCUUGGAGCAGGAGAGUGGGGAAGAUAAGUGGAAGAUACAUUCCAUGGACAAGGAAGGGGAUGGGAAGCCUCUGAUUGCCCAGGUCUAGCUCAUGGAUCAACUAGUGGCCACAUCCUAUUGAUGACUUCCUCCAACAGUGUGUACAUUUAUGCUUGUGGUUGUUACCCUGAUGUGAACCUUGGGUAUUAUGUGUAACUGUUUUUCAUUGGAUAUAUCUGGAUUUUUAUAUACUUUUUAGUUGGUAACACUGAAGACUUUGUUACUAACAAUUUUUUUUCAGAUCAUUCUGUCAAAAUUGAAGGAAACUGUAUUACCUACAAAAAAUGAUGAGUUUUAAUUUUCUCAAAAAACAAGUUUCUUGGGGAGCCUGGGUGGCUCAGUCGGUCAAGUGUCUGACUCUUGAUUUUGGCUCAGGUCAUGAUCUCAUGGUUCAUGGGAUGGAGCCUUGCAUCCAGCUCUGUGCUGACAGUGUGGAAUCUGCUUGGGAUUCUUUCUCUCCCUCUCUCUCUGCCCCAUCCCCUGCCCUCUCUGUCUCUCUGUCUCUCUCUCUCAAAAUAAAUAAAUAAACUUAAUAAAUUGUUAAAACAACACAAAACAUGUUUCUUUAAUUUCCUAGUUGAGUUUCAUUGUAUCAAGUUUAUAUAUAAACAGUGUUUUAGUAAAUAAUUUCAAAAAGCUUAUUAGAGAAACCUAUACUAGUUUCUGAUUUUAGUAGGAAUUAUAUACUUAAAGAGGAAGAAUUUUUCUUCCACAUUAAUAGACUGCCUUUUUACUUUUGUUAUUCCCCUUUUUAAAAAGAGUUAAUAUUUUGAACUUUUUGACUAGCCUCAAAAUUUAUGGAGUUUACUGUAUAAUAUUUAUGCAUUAAUUUAUUGAUAUAGUGGAUUUAAUUUGUGUAUUUUCUAAUAUUGAACCAUUGUUCUUGUCUAUAAUUGUCCCAUAUGGGUAGUUGAUGAUAUAGGUUUAGAACCUGGAGAGAUUACACUUAGUAGAUACAUGAAAUUACUGACAAAAUUUAUCAUUUUGAAGUCUUAAUUUUCACUUACACAAACUGAUAUUAAUACUAGUGUCUGUAUUUUAGGAUUAUUAAAAAUGAAUGAGGUAAUGAAAAUAAAACACUUGGCACUCAGUAUGUAUGUACUCUUCUAAUAAUAUCCAUUAUUUCAUUUUAAAAAUAUAUAACCAAAUUUAUUUUUCAAGUUUAUUUACACUUUUUUUUACCUGCAUUUGUAUGUGUAGUUGAUCUGUAGUUGUCUUUAUUCUGAAUUUUUUCUUCUAUAUUUUCUUUCUUCUCUAUUUUCUGACUUUGCCAUCAUGAUAAUGUUAACUUUCUAAAAUGAUCUUGAAAGCUUUGCAAAUUUAUUUAGUAUUGCAAAGCAGUUAGUAUAAAUUAAGAAAUAUGAAAAGCUAUUGUGGUCUGGCAUCUUACUUGGGAGAAAAUCUGUGAUGCCUUUUAUGUCAUUUUCACCACAAUUUUGAUCUGUCAAUUUUCUAAAUCUUAUUUGUGUCAAUUUCAUGCUUUCUAUUUAGAAAAUGAUCUCCUGAUCACUUUUUCCAUUUAUUUAUGUAUUUGAGUAUAUUUGACACAAAAUACCAUUUUUUCCAUUCUUUUCCUCUCUAAGUUACAUUAUCAUCACCUUAUCCCAGUUCUCUGCAUAUUUCUUGUUCCCCCUACCUUGAGUUUCAGCCAGAGUCUCAUUUCUAAACAGAAGCCAGCUUCAUAUUUUUGGAGCUCCCAGAAUACCCAAAGGAAUCAAUUGCCUUACCUAGUUCACAUGCUCUAAUAAGAAUGACUUUAUAUUAAGUCAAUAGCCACUGUAUUACAGUUUGUCCUAAAGCUUACCCUAAUAAGAACUGUGGGCAACAGGGUUUCCCUGAGGCCUCAAAUCUAGAUAGGGCCUUCUUCUUUUUUUUUCCAAUUUACCAAAAUGGCUUUAUUUUAUUUAUUCUUUCAAAUUUUUAUUUAAAUUCUAUAGUUAACAUAUAUGUAGCAUUGGUUUCAGGACUAGAAUUUAGUGAUUCAUCACUUACAUAUAACACCCAGUGCUCAUCACACCAAGUGCCCUGCCUAAUGCCCAUCACUCAUCUAACCCAUCCCCCAUCCACCUCUCCUCCAUCAACCCUCAGUUUGUUCUCUAUAGCUAAGAGUCUCUUAUGGUUUGCCACCCUCUCUGUUUUUAUCUUAUUUUAUUUUUCCUUCCCUUCCCAUAUGUUCAUCUGUUUUUUUUCUUAAAUUUCACAUAUGAGUGGAAUCAUAUGGUAUCUGUCUUUCUCUGACUGACUUAUUUUGCUUAGCAUAAUACUCUCUAGCUCCAUCCAUGUUGUUGCAAAUGGCAAAAUUUCAUUCAUUUUGGUGGUUGAGUAAUAUUCCAUGAUAUAUAUAUACCAUCUCUUCUUUAUCCAUUCAUCAGUUGAUGGACAUUUGGGCUCUUUCCAUAAUUUGGUUAUUGUUGAUAAUGCUGCUAUAAACAUCGGGGUGCAUGUGCCCCUUUAAAUCAGUAUUUUUGUAUCCUUCGGGUAAAUGCCUAGUAGUUCAAUUGGCUGGGUUGUAGGAUAGUGUUAUUUUUAACUUUCUGAGGAAACUCCAUACUGUUUCCCAGAGUGGCUGCACCAGUUUGCAUUCUUA